CAUCUCGUUUGCUGGGGUUUCAGGGUCUACGGCGAAUGUGAAAGGAUCACAUACAUACAGCUCAACAAGCAAGCAGCCAAUCUCACGACUGCACUACACCUUGUAGUCACUUCGGCGAGGGAACUGUUUACACCGGCAAGACACGGACACAGCUGGAAGAAUAUGUGAGUAAAGUGCUCAGUCUCUGCUGAGUUAGUGUCGGCACACUUUACUUCGACUUUUGGUAGGUGGCUACACUGCGUAUUUGAGUCACUGCACACACAACUUCUGCAACAAAAUCAACCAGAUAUUGGACUGUCUCCACUCCAACAUUCUUAACAUGGCUAAUCUCAUCACCAUCGAUGGGACCACACUUGAAGGUGGCGGUCAACUCCUUCGAAUCGCUCUGGGUGUUUCUGCACUCACAGGAAUUGCAGUCCAGUUUGAGCAGAUUCGAGGCAACCGAGACGAAGGUGGAGGUCUGAGGGGACAACACCUCAAUUGCGUCAAUUGGCUUGCUGAAGCGUGCAAUGCUGAUCUUACUGGUGCCGAGCUUUUCAGCCAAACCUUGACUUUCACCCCAGGAGAUAUACAAAAAAAUCUCUACAUGAAGAUCACGCAGAAAAGCCCCGGAUCCAUCAGUCUCAUCUUCCAGGCCGUCCUCCCCUUUCUCCUGUUCUCUGGCCUGCAGGGCCCGAUGGAACUCAUUAUCACGGGUGGGACCAAUGUCUCGAACAGUCCCUCCAUCGACUAUGUUGACCAAGUCCUGCUUCCGACUCUCGAACUCAUCGGUCUUCCCCAAAUCAUGGUGCACUGCCCCGAGCGCGGUUGGACACUUGGACGUAUGAAGAUGGGCACUGUGAAAUUCACCAUCCCGCCUCUGCCACGAGGCAUGCCGCUCCCAGCCUUCGAGCUCUCAGAACGUGGCAUGAUCUCACGUGUACAUGCGAUUGCAGUUGCGCCUGCAUCCGUCAAGUCGACGUUCGAAUCGAUGCUCCCCGCGAUGUUUGCCAAAAGGAUACCCGGAAUCCCGUUUCGAGGACUGACCUUCCAGGAUAGUCGCAGCAUGUACCGAUGGUACCUCCUGCUCGUAGCUACAACUGAGAACGGCCACAAACUUGGCUGUGACAGGCUGCUGGAAAUAAAACCCCCGCAGGGAAUGUUCGUUAAGGGAGUGGAAAUACUCAUCAAGAGGGUUUUGGCAGCAUUUGAGCCAACCAUCGCGCAUGGCGGAGUUGUUGACAAGCAUCUACGUGAUCAGCUGGUGGUGUUCCAGGCCUUGGCCGACGGACGCUCGAGUGUCUAUGCAGGAGAAGACGAGAACGGACCUGUGGAGCCGAGUCUCCAUGCGAAGACAGCACACUGGAUCACUAAGAAAAUGUUGGGUGUCGUUUUUGAUGACAAUGGUUCUUGCGAAGGCAUUGGACUCGUACCCGGAGGAGAGGUGAUGAUAUUCCAGGACGCAGAAGCUCUGGACGAAGACUUGGAGAGUGUGGCGGAAGCUCAAGAGCAGGAGGAAGACUUGGAAGAGCAGGAGGAAGACUCUGAAAAGUCCAAUACCGUGACGGACGAGGAGGCAGUUUCUUGGGAGGCCAGCCCCUGAUAUAGUGCUGCCACUCCAUACAUACGAUCGAUCUCAUGAUCAUCACACGCGUAGGGUAAAUCCAAGUCAUAGAGCCAUAGACUGUCUAGAUGACCAAACAAUGAUAUAUACCUAC